GGGUUGGGAGUUUUGGAUUCUGGUGGGUAUUUUGGGGAAAAGGUCAGCUAUAUAGAGAAAUGCUUGGGUGAGUUUGUCUUUGCAUUUUCGUCCUGUUUAUCUUCUCUUUUUAAAAUCUUAAGCCAUGUCUGCCUUUGUUGGCAAGUACGCAGAUGAGCUGAUCAAGAACGCCAAGUACAUUGCCACCCCAGGCAAAGGUAUCUUGGCCGCCGACGAGAGCACCGGCACCAUAGGCAAGCGUCUGGCUAGCAUUAACGUCGAGAACAUCGAGUCCAAUCGUCAAGCUCUCCGCGAGCUCCUCUUCACAUCUCCCAACGCCCUCUCCUACCUCUCAGGUGUCAUCCUCUUCGAGGAAACUCUUUACCAGAAAACCUCCGACGGCAAACCCUUCGUCGAGGUCCUCCAGGAAAACAACGUCCUCCCCGGCAUCAAAGUCGACAAGGGCACCGUCGAAUUAGCCGGCACCAAUGGCGAAACCACCACUCAAGGCUUCGACUCUCUCGGCACCCGCUGCCAGCAGUACUACAAAGCCGGCGCUCGUUUCGCCAAGUGGCGUGCUGUCCUCAAGAUCGGCACCACCGAGCCGUCCGAGUUGUCCAUCCAGCAGAAUGCGCAGGGCUUGGCUCGUUACGCCAUCAUUUGCCAGGAGAACGGGCUGGUUCCCAUUGUCGAACCAGAGGUUCUCACCGACGGAUCUCACGAUAUUAAAAAAUGCGCCGCCGUCACUGAGACCGUUCUUGCUGCCGUUUACAAGGCUCUCAACGACCACCAUGUUCUCCUUGAAGGCACUCUCCUCAAACCCAACAUGGUCACUCCUGGUUCAGACAGUCCCAAGGUAGCAGCCAAAGUGAUUGCAGAGUACACAGUUACUGCACUCCGCCGGACCGUCCCACCAGCAGUGCCGGGAAUCGUGUUCUUAUCCGGCGGGCAAAGCGAGGAAGAAGCAACGUUGAACUUGAACGCCAUGAACAAGCUAGAGGUGUUGAAGCCAUGGACACUUUCGUUCUCAUUUGGACGAGCUCUGCAGCAGAGCACACUCAAGAUUUGGGGCGGGAAGAAGGAGAACGUGGAGAAAGCGCAGAAGGCAUUCCUGGAGCGGUGCACAGCAAACUCCGAGGCCACUCUCGGAAAGUACGCCGGAGAAGCUGCCGGCGGGUUGGCUUCAGAGAGUUUGUACGUGAAGGGGUACAAGUACUGAAUUAUGGGAGACUUGAACACGUCCAUCUUCUCCAUGGGAUCAAAAUUUGUAUUUCCAAUUCUACGUCACGCAUGCAAUAUGCUUGAUUUGGCCAUCCGUACAUAUUCUACCAAUUGACUGCUUUUGUUACCAUUUACCAAUAUUGAUAUAUGAUUUUUAACCGGUUCCUCAGAUAA